AAAAGGUGUUAUUAAGUGCUGGUGAAAAGCACAUGACCACAGAAGAAAUGUAUACAAUCAUACUCCCACACACACUGCAACACACACACACACUGCAACACACACACUCAGCACGACAUUAGUCAGAACACAGAAAGUGCUGUCCUGGGAGAUGACUAAAGCUAAUGAAGCGCUCAUCAUUUUCCCUUAGCUUCAGCCUGACUCCGCCCCCUGGGCCGAGCCCAAGCUGUUUUAGAUGGGAGAGACCAAGACGAGCUCCAGACGCUCUCAGAAAUCAGAGGUUCACUCCUACCUCCUCACCCGCCUGCACUCCCCGUCCAAGACUCUGCACUGGUCUCAGCACCCUGCAUGAGGUUCUGGAGCUGGAUCCAGAAGAACCAAUGCCAGAUCCAUCAGUGCUGAUGAGUCUGAUCUGCUUCCAGAUCCAGAUUCCAGAUUUUGACCAUUGGCGUCUUACGUUUUUGGCUUUUUCUGAUCAUUCUUGACCAGUUCUUCUGUAGAUUCCCGUCUUCUUCAUGUAAGUGGAGUCUUCCCAACAAUUAUCUCACAUUUCAGCAUCUUCUCGCCUCUUUAAACCACCAUUCCUCCUCAAUGCUGACCGAAUCGUUUGGCUUGAUGGGAUCGGACGUUCGAGAUCUGAGCACCCUGCUGCCCGCCGUGCCCGCAGUGCCCACCGUGCCAGGGACCAACAGCAGUGCCCCUCAAUGGGGUCCGAUUAUGGACUUUCACCCCGGGGCCUUGCCCUCACACUCCUUCAUCAAGCAGGAGCCCGGCUGGGGGCUCCCCGACGUUCACGAUGACCCGCACUGUGGCCUCGGAGCCUUCACCGUACACUUCUCAGGCCAGCUAACCACACCGGCCGGCUGCCGGCACGGAAACUACCCAGAUCCACCGCCCAGUCAGAGCCGAGCGUUCCCCGGUGGACCUUAUCAGACUCAGAGUCAGGCAGGUCUGGACGGUGCUCAGAGUUAUGGACACACUCCUUCUCACCAUUCUCCUCCUUUCCCCUGUUCACACCCCUUCAAACACGAGGACACCAUGUCUCCACAAAGCACCAUGGGUGAUCAGCAGUACCCAGCUCCACCCCCUGUCUACGGUUGCCACGCCCCCACCGAUGGACAGGCUCUCCUUUUGCGAAAUGCUUACAACAGUGAUAACCUGUACCAAAUGGCGUCCCAGCUGGAAUGUGUGACCUGGAACCCAGUCAACUCUCUGGCCUCCACCAUCAAAAGUCCCAGCGCCGGGUUCGAGACUGACCCGCCCCCCGCCACGGCUCCGCUCGUCUACAGCUGCAGCGCCCAGUACCACAUACACACUCACGGACUGUUCAGAGGAAUACAGGACGUGCGUCGGGUUCCCAGCAUCGCCCCGGCUAUAGUUCAGAGGUCAGAGGGCAGCGAGAAGCGUCCAUUCAUGUGUUCGUAUCCGGGCUGCAGCAAGAGAUACUUUAAACUGUCUCACCUGCAGAUGCACGGGAGGAAACACACAGGAGAGAAGCCCUAUCAGUGUGAUUUCACAGACUGUGGCAGAAGAUUCUCCAGAUCAGAUCAGCUGAAGAGACAUCAGCGCCGACACACAGGGGUGAAACCGUUUCAGUGUGAGACGUGUCAGAGAAAGUUCUCACGCUCAGACCACCUGAAGACCCACACCCGGACUCAUACAGGUAAAACAAGUGAGAAGCCGUUUACCUGCCGCUGGCCGAGCUGUCAGAAGAAGUUCGCCCGUUCGGACGAGCUGGUCCGACACCACAGCAUGCACCAGAGGAACGUGACCAAACUGCAGUCCACUUUCUGAACGGCGAGAAAAGCCUCAGACACUCACACUGAUUUAUAAACUUUCACACAGGACGACGGGACUGGAGUGAACACCUGAUAAAUUACUCUGGACAUGAGCAAAACCAGAAAGAUCUGCUUUAAGUUCCUAGAAGAACCAAGUUUGUUAGAGAGGUGAGUUACGGAAACCUUUAAAUCAGGAGUUCGGCAGGUAAUAGUGGUGUAAAAAUCCGGUGUUCUGUUGAGUUGUGCUACAGAACCAUGUACACAGUAGAUGUUUAAUAUGUUUAGUAUGUUUAAAAAUCAUUGUAUCCUGGUUAUGGCAGUGAGGGGUAUAUAUUAUUAUUAAUUUUCAUUUACACUUUUGUGUAAGGACAGAGAGUACAGGGUGUUUUAUGCACAAAAAAAAAAUCCAAAUAUUUAUUAUAAAUUAAAAACCCCACAUGAAAUAAUAAAAAAUUGCAGGUCCACGCAUGCGCAGUGCUUUAAGGAAGCAUGUAUCGAUGGGUAGCAUAAUUUGACAGAACACCGGUUCAUGCUUUGUGAGGGACGUGCAUGCGUGACAGAGCAGUGCUUCACGUUAAGUUUCACUUUAAUCCUUCAACCAGGAUCUCAAGAGUAAUGAAAGAGUUCAGACUCCAGCUCACUGAAAAGGACACGUUUUUCAGCCAUGAUCAGGUUUUAUUACUUUAUUUUCCUUUGAUGCUGCAAUCUGUAGCUGUGUUUGGUAAAUUCAUUAGGAACAGUGUUUUGUGGCUGACACAUGACUCUUCUAAUUUGUAUUAGAAGAAACAAAUCAGUCCAAAUAUUUGAGGUUAGUUAUUUUGUUAUAGUAUAUUUUUUCUGUUACUGAAACCUACAAUUCACCUUUGUUUGUCCAUUUUCCCCAUUUACUUACACUCACUUACCGUUCUCCUCAGCAUUUUUUAUUUAUUUUUUAAUCUGUUUUACAUAAAAGGUGCAUAAAUCUUGAUCUGUCCGGUCCGACUAAAUCUGAUGCAAAAAGUACUCUUUAGCAUGCUCUAUGCAAUAAUUACACAUUCUCACCAAUAACUUACGGACCGUCACUUUGAUGAAUUGCUCAUUCAUUCAUCUCUUUAACAAAAGUUGUUCGUCAGGGAACCAAAAAUAGUUCUUCUGUGGCUUCGCUCAAAAGAUCCCUUUGUAGCACUUUUAUUUUUUAUAAGUGUACAGGUACAUACUCGCAAACAAAAAAUGCAAAGAUUUGUAAAAGUCCGAGGCCUCGUUUACACAAAUCUGGAUUUUUUUUAUUUUCUAUAGUCUGUCUUUGAGAAUGUCUCCGUCCAAAGAGAGACAGAUACUUUGUUACUCUUUAAAAUUCUUGAAAAUUAUUUUUAUGUAGAUUUUUUUUUGUCAGUCUUUGCUUUAGUUUUUGUGGAUUUAUGCUGCUGAAACUUCUGAAAUCUCAUUUGCUUCAGACUUUUGGCACAGAUUUCACUCAUAGGUGGGGCUUAGAAUAAGGAUAACACUGACUGUUACACUGAAACAGAGCCAUAGCUACAGACUCCAGAUAAGCAAGCUUCUUUAAUCUUGAACAUGAACAGCACACAUUGCUGGUGAGUUCUUUUAGUACUACUUCUAGUAUACUGAGUGUUUGCAUUAUAUACAACCAUUCAGUAUAACUGCUGUGGUGUAUUAGAACCAGGAAUUAAUUAAGCACUAGAGACCCAGACUUCAGUAAAAGUACCAGUGCUCUAUCAAAAAUGUGACUUGAGUAGAAGUUUAGUACUGUAGUACUUCUACUUUAGUGCGUCUACUUAAGUACUGGGAGUAUUUUUUAUUUUUUUUUUUAACUAUACUGCAAGUACUAAAAGUAAAAGUACAGUACUUCUAAAUCCUACCCACCAGUGAAAACUGCCAAAAACAGUUAAUUAAAUAAAAAAUGAAGCGGAAG